AUGACAGGCUAUAGUAAUGAAGGAGCUCUUCAUUUAGCUGCAGCACAUGAAUUGAAAGAAAUAGCUGAGCUUUUGAUUUCGAAUGGUAUAGAUAUCAACGCAAAAGAUAAAAAUGGAAAAACUCCACUUCAUUAUGCAGCAAAGAAAAGUCUAGAAAUGGUAAAAUUCCUUAUUUCACACGGUGCAGAUAUUAAUGCAACAACAAACCAAAAGGAAACUGCUCUUCAUUAUGCAGCAAAGAAAAGUCUAGAAAUGGUAGAAUUCCUUGUUUCACACGGUGCAGAUAUUAAUGCAACAACAUACCUGAAUAAAACUGCUCUUUACUUUGCACAAUAUUAUGAUAAAAACGAUAUAGUAGAAUUCCUUAUUUCACACAGUGCAAAGGAAAAAUCAGGAGAACAAGAAGAAGAUGAAUAA